UCGUUGGCGACGGCGUCAAAUUGCAACAACAUGGUGGUGGAACUGAACGCAUGGGACCCAACGCAGUACAACCGUGCUGCGGGGUUUGUCGCUCGAGAGUUUGGUGAGAGCCUGGUCGAGGUCCUUCGUCCUCAGCCGAACGAGACGAUCUUGGACCUGGGCUGCGGUGAUGGUGCCGUCACGGCGAAGAUCGCGGCGACUGGUGCGAGCGUCAUUGGAGUGGAUUCCAGCGAGCCCAUGGUGUCGCACGCGCGGGCGCAUUUCGGCCUGGACGCACGUGUCAUGGAUGGCCAAGCAUUGACGUUCGACAAUGGCGAAGUGUUCGAUGCGGUGUUUUCGAACGCGGCAUUGCACUGGAUGCCCAACACCGAAGGCAUCCUCAGUAGCGUGGCCUCGGUGCUCAGGCCUGGAGGUCGCUUCGUUGUCGAGUGUGGGGGGUUUGGCAACAUUGCGUCCAUCGUGACGGCCAUCGUUGCCGUCUUGGCUCGACAUGGAAUCGAUGGCCGGUCGAAAAUUCCAUGGACGUUUCGAACGGCGACCGAGUGGGAAGCGCAUCUGACCAACGCGCGCUUCCGUGUCAAAUCGAUUGCGAGUUACUCGCGGCAGCCAGUGUUGCCCGACGGGAUCGUUGGGUGGCUCAAGACGUUCGGGGACAACUUUUUUGACGAGUUGCCCGUGGAUAAGCGGGAAGAAGCGAUGCACGACAUCCAAGACCUGCUGAAAUGGAGCUUGUGCGAUCGAGAAGGUUUGUGGCGAGCCGACUACAUCCGCCUGCGUUUCGAGGCGAUCAAGGAGUGAUGAGGCGUGCGAUCAAUCCAUCGCGAGUGGUCAGUCGGGACAUCCUCUGAUCCUCCAACCUAAUCCUCAUGGAAUGCAUGGCCCAUGCAUCGUACUUGGAA